CAUGAAAAAAGGAAACCCUUAUGUAUCAGAUAAAUAAAUACAUAGGCUAUUCCCUUUUAUGAAAUUGCAAAUAAGGGAUAAAUUGAUUAUUAGAAUAAAUCUGUUUGUGUUACAUCAACUUAUUGUGAUGAUUAUAAACCAAAACCUAAUUUACAUGUUGGAUCUGAGAAGAAAACUUUAUUUCCUUAUACUAUGGGUUCCUUUAGAUCUCGAUUACCUGAACCUGAUGCACCAAUUUUGACUAAAAAUGCAUCACAAAUAGAAAUUGGAGAUAGACAGUAAAUACUUAUAUAUAUAAUAUAUUGAAGUUUUAAUGUAAAAAGACAUUUCAUUAGUACUGCUCAUAAUGUUUAUGGUAAUUUUGGAAAGUUUGGCAAUGUUUCUAAUCCUGGGAUACUUGCUGAAAAAACAAAAUGGCAUCAUCAUUUACAAUAAUUAUGA